CCGGAGUUCAAGAUGGCGACCAGAGAGCAGCUAAUAUCGCAACUAAUCGAUCAAUAAUAUAACAUCCGAAUCCUCGUAUUACUAUAAACUCUACGAGUUAUGUCAAUAUUCCUUAUCGGCUUCUUAUAUAUUACAAAAGCACUGGAUAUCAGACACUAGUUGUGUAUACAGAGACUGUGUGUUGAUGUUUUUUAGCUUACGUUACGUCAAAUAGAAAUAGUUGCUGAGCAGCUUUAUGAAACUAUUUGGAAUGAUUGGGAAGUUUUCAUUAGUUUGGAGGUCAACAUGUCGCUAAGAGAGCUGAAAGUAUGCCUUCUUGGGGACACAGGAGUUGGAAAGUCAAGCAUUGUGUGUAGAUUUGUGGAGGAUAGUUUUGAUCCAAACAUAAAUCCAACAAUUGGAGCAUCGUUUAUGACAAAGACUGUGCAGUACCAAAAUGAGCUUCACAAAUUCCUCAUCUGGGACACAGCAGGGCAAGAAAGGUUUCGUGCUCUGGCUCCCAUGUACUACAGAGGCUCUGCUGCGGCCAUCAUCGUCUAUGACAUCACUAAAGAGGAAUCAUUCCAGACAUUGAAGAACUGGGUGAAGGAGCUUCGCCAGCACGGACCACCCAACAUCGUGGUGGCUAUCGCUGGCAACAAGUGCGAUCUCUCCGAUGCCAGAGAGGUGUCAGAGAAGGACGCCAAAGACUACGCUGACUCCAUUCAUGCUAUAUUUAUCGAAACCAGUGCCAAAAAUGCCAUUAACAUCAAUGAGGUCUUCACUCAGAUAAGUGAAAGGAUCCCAGUUUUAGAUGCGGAGGGCGGGUCUGCAGUCAAGGGUUUUAAACUCCGUCGCCAACCAUCAGUAUCGACCAGGGAACGCACUUGCUGCUGACGCCUUCAUAAAAAAAAAUGCCAGAUCCUCUCCAGCCUUUCACCCUUAUUUCUCUUAGUAACCAAGAAGAAUAGCAAAUGAAGAAUGUGAUGUCAUAGGGGAAGUUUCUUAACGACACUUCCUUUUGGAGCCAAAUACAAAGUGCAGUUAACAAUAGAAUGAGAUUUUACAGUCUGAAUCCCAAUGCAAUGAUCACUUUCUUUGAGAAAGAUAAAAAUGUACACUUGCUCUACCUUAUUCAGAUCCAUUUCUGUUCUAGAUCUCAACCCAGAAUCAAACAGCAACAAAACCAGUCGCUUAACAGAUCAGAUACUGUCCUACUCUUUGAAGUUUGGCUAUAUGAGUGUAGAUUUUAAGGGUUUCAGCACUCCAGAUGCAAGCAACACAGCUUUCUUGUCUUACUAUUUUUGCACGUCUUUAUAUGAUGAAAAUAAAUCUCAUAAACAUAUUCGGGUCAUACUAUACUCAAAUCUAAAUAAUAAUUAUAUUUUUUGCUUAAUGUAAAGGUGAAGUCUCUUAUUAGGACUAAUAUGUUUGUAAUUAAUAACAUUUAGUAUGAAACAGUGACAAAUUAUAAUAAUUAUUAAGAGAAAUAAAGAACAGUACAGCUGUAUAAUUGUGCUUAAUUGCAUAAAAUAUUGCUUUAAAUAAUAUGUGGCAUGAACAUGUUUCGAUGAGAUUUGCUCCAGUUUGUUUCUAUUUGUGUUGCACAUCACCGGACACAAGGCUGUGUGUGCUUUCAUCUAUAUUUUGUAUAUGAAAAAUAAAAUGAUGAGGUAGUUCUACACAUACAGCUAAAGAUAACUCUGGGACUUAUUUCGUGGAUAAUAAUAUGUGUUAGUUAGAGAAGUCUGAGCCUUGGUCAGCACCCCCUUUUUUGAGAUGCAGUUAUAUUUAAAAAGUGCCAAAUCUUCCAAAUAUAAUCUCUAGUAGCUCUAUAAAGCUUAUUUUUUUGGUGAAAUAGUAGGAGUUUAAUGCAGAUCAUGUAGAUCAAUAGGUCAAUAAUGAUGUGUGAGUUCAGCAUUGUGGAUUUAAUCAGUUCACAUACUGAUAUAACAAUAGUAACGCAUUCUUAUUAGCCAUUUUUUGGUUGCCAGAUCCUUAACAAAAAAUUCAACCUUUUUCUAGACUAACAAACAGGUCAAAUAGACUUUUAUGUGUGCAGUUGCAUGUCCAUUAUUGGUUAUUGCAGUACAUAAUUGGGCAAUGACUUACAAAAGUAGCAGUUUCAUAAUAUUAGAUGUGCUUCUCCAACUGUUUUUUUGUAUAGUAACUCUGAUGUUGGUAUGAGCCAAAUGCCUGAAUUCUAGUGCAUUUUAGGCUUUUCUCCAGCACUCUUUGUGUCCAUUACAUCCGUGUGAAAUAGCAUUUUAACCAAUUGUGUUAGUUGGCAGUCGGUCUCUUUCUGUUCCUUUUAUUACAUUUUUUAAUGGAUUGAAGGAUUUAGUGAGGUCUUGCCAAAUUGUCUCAUAAACAUUUUUCAUCUUUUCUCAUUCUUUCUCUGAAUAACAUUUGGCCUGCACAUUGGCCUUGCUUUUACUAUCUGGACAGGGAUUAAAAAAAAGGAUCCUAUCUGGAAACUAGUCUUGUUUCAAACAGCAAGACAUCUAAACUCUUUAAAGUUGUAAGGUGAUACCAAAUAUUUUGCUGACGCUCAAUUUUUCAGCCUCAAUGUUCUCAUUAGAGCCUAAAACAGCUUAAAAAACAACUUUAAGGAUAGUUGACACAAAAUUGAAAAUGUACACCAUAUUUACUGUCACUCAACUCAAGUCUUUCCAAGCUUUUUAAAAGUGUUUGAUUCUGUUGAACACAAAAGACAAAAUUUUAAAUAAAACUGAAAACCUGUAACCUGUUGACUUGCAUAUGAAUAACAACUACUGUAGAAGUCAAUGGUUACAGGUUUCAAGCUUUCUUCAAAAUAUCUCCUUUUGUGUUUAACAAAAGAAAGAAACUCAUAAAGGUUUGAAACAAGUGAAGAAUUAGUAAAUGAUGACAGAUUUUAAAUUUUUGGUGUGAACUGUCCCUUUAAGAAUUGUUCAUUGCUCAUCUUAUUAUUGACAAUCUUAGAAACUUGCAUUUAAAAAAUGCUCCACACUGUUUGUUGAAGUGCAUUAACACAAUGGUUACUCUAAACCAUGUAGAAUAUAGAUUCAUAACCAAAAAUUGAACAUUGUCUGUUACAAUUUUGACUUAUAUGUGAAUAAUAUAAAAUGUUUGAUUUGUCAAUUGCGUACCCACAAUAACAAGAAUAAAAUGUGCUUAAAUUGUGUUUUAUCUAAACGCACAUGUCAGUGUAACACACGACAGCAUAUUCUGCUAGUAUGUCGCUUCUGUAGUUCCUCAUAUGUUUUGGUACUUUAAAAGUCUAUCGUGGAUAUUAUUACACAUGCAGUAGGCACGUUAUAUGUGUGUUCAAAAUGGAUAUUUUGGGCAUUUAAUUUCCCGUCCUUUGUACUGUGAUAACAUUUGCGGAGCUGCCAGUGCACGCCAUGUUUUCAGGAACUCACAAGUGCAAUAAUUAUACUUUCCCCUCCAAAAUAUGUGCUGUCAGUAAUAAAAGCAGAGAGAUUUAUAGCCUUAUUACAGUAAUUGUAGUUAAUCUCUGAAUUUUAGCUCAACAAUAUUUUCUUCUAGAAGACAAAAAAAAGGAUUACUUGGAGUAUUUAUAGAAAGUAUUUUUUAAAAGUACACUUUAAAGAAUACUGUAAAAUGUGCAGUAACUUACUGUAAUAAUUGAUUGCGAGUACGUCUUUAAAAUUUACAAGCACACAAAAUAAUAAAUAACAAUCAUGCUGUUUUUUUACAUUACAAAUUUAAUUAUUCGUUUACAGUGUGCUUGUAAAUUUACUGUCUUCCUGGGAAUUAAAAAUAUUAAUUUACAGUGCACUUGUAAAUUCUGUCUUCCUGGCAACCAAACUUGCCAGUAAGAUACUGUAACUUUACAGUAAAUUAUAAUUAUUAAUUUACAGCGCACUUGUAAAUUUACAGUUUUACUGGCAACCAAAAUUGUCAGUAAGUUACUGUUUACAGUAAAUUGCAAUUACUAAUUUACAGUCUUGCAGUUAAAACUGCCAGUAAUUUACUGUAAAUUUUACAGUAAAUUGUAAUAGUUUACAGUGCGCUUGUAAAUUUACAGGCUUGCAGCCAAAAUUGCCAGUAAUUUACUGUAAAUUUUACAGUAAAUUGUAAUUACUAAUUUAUGGUGCGCUGGUAAAUGUAUUGUCUUCCUGCCAACCAAAGUUGCCAGUAAUUUACUGUAAAUUUUACAGUAAAUUGUGAUUAUUAAUUUACAGUGCUCUUGUAAAUUUAUAGUCUUCCUGGCAACCUAAAUUGUUAUUAAAAGUUACUGUUAAUUUUACAGUAAGUUGUAAUUACUAAUUUACAGCGUGCUUGUAAAUUUACAGUCUUGCAACCAAAAUUGCCGGUAAUUUACUGUAAAUUUGACAGUAAAUUGUGAUUACGCUAAUUUACAGUGCGCUUGUAAAUUAACAGUCUUCCUUGCAACCAAAAUUGCCAGUAAGUUACUGUAAAUUUUACAGUAAGUUGUAAUUACUAAUUUACAGUGCACUUUUAAAUGUACAGCCUUGCAACCAAAAUUGUCAAGUUACUGUUCAUUUUACAGUAAGAUGUAAUUAUUAAUUUAGUACGUUUGUAAAUUUAGUCUUACUGGCAAACAAAAUUGUCAUUAAGUUACUGUUAAUUUUACAGUAAGUUGUACUUACUAAUUUACAGCGUGCUUGUAAAUUUACAGUCUUGCAGCCAAAAUUGUCGGUAUUUUACUGUAAAUUGUACAGAAAAUUGUAAUUACUAAUUUACAGUGCGCUUGUAAAUUUUCAAUCUUGCAACCAAAAUUGCCAGUACUUUACUGUACAUUUCACUGUAAAUUGUAAUUAUUAAUUUACAGAGUGCUUGUAAAUUUACAGUCGUACAGUAAGUUACUGUAAAUUUUCCAGUAAUUUUUUCCAGUGUUUUCCUAUCUUUUUCCCUGAAAGGAAACAUCACUCAUUUAUUAAUCUCACUGAAGGGCCUUUACGAUGCAUCAAAAUGUUAAAAAUAGCAGUUUUUUUGCCUUGUGCAAAUCCUGUGAUUCACUUAUCCAGUUGCUUAUUGGGGAACACAGGCUUUGCAUUAAUGCCUUUGAAUGGAACUACAUGCCACACUUGAAUGGGAUUCUUUAUUGUGCUGUCUGGUGUAGUUUGGUCGUUUCAGUUGAAAAGCAGUGCCAACAGUCUUGGGCUGGCCCUAAGAAAGUUGUGAAUGACAUCCUUGUAGAUACUACCACACAUUGGAUGAACUGUGUAAAUAAACAGACAUGUAGUCAGGCAAUUGUUAUAUACUUUACCACAGCUUGCCAAUGGAAUUCAGCAUACACAGACGUAAAUUAACCUAUGUUUUCUUUUGUCAUUUAUCUAUGUGUCUCUUUAUUAUUUUGUCUUGCAGAGAAGGCUUGGAAUUAACAUGUUUUUUGUUCAUUUGUGAAUGUGCAAAAGGGAAUUGUUCAGCUCUUUAUUAAUAAUAAAAUGAUAUGAAAUUCAAAA